CCGUAUAGAUCUCCCUGCCCUUGGACUUCGCUGGAGUUAGAUUGCCCAUUUAACCUUUGAGGCUUGCGGGGAGCGAAGGUUGUUUUUAACCCCACAAACACAUUCCAGGUGCUAGUCAAGCCACGCCCUCCCCCAUGCCCUUGAAAUGCUGGGAUCGAGGCUGCCCCCUGGUGGUCAUGUGACACUGGCGUCCAGCGUAUCCUCUCUAGGCAACCGUCUUAGAGACCGACAUCACUGGCAGCAACAUGAACGUGAUCUACCCACUGGCGGUGCCUAAGGGACGCCGGCUCUGCUGUGAGAUUUGCGAAGCUCCAGCCGAGCGGGUGUGCGCGGACUGUACAGUCACUUAUUACUGUAGUGCGGUUCAUCAAAGAGCUGACUGGGGCAGCAUCCAUGAGAAGAUCUGUCAGCUCCUGAUCCCGCUGCGCACUUCCAUGCCCUUCUACAAUUCAGAGGAAGAACGGCAGCAUGGCCUCCAGCAGCUGCAGCAGCGGCAGGUAGGGCGUCUGGGGCGGAUCGUCCAGGCUGAGGAAUAUCUAGCCGAAGCCCAGUGGACCGUCCUCAAAUCAACUGAAUGUUCUUAUGCCACCAACUCUUUAUUGCAUCGAAACCUGGGACUUCUCUGUAUGGCUAAGGAAAACCAUGAGGAAGCCCGUUAUCACCUGGCCAAUGAUAUUUAUUUUUCCAGUUGUGCAUUUGGAACAGAGGACAUCAGGACCUCAGGAGGCUACUUCCAUCUGGCUAAUAUCUUCUAUGGCCUUAAUAAGUUGGAGCUGGCAGACACGCUAUACACCAAGGUCUCUGAGAUCUGGAAUAAAUAUUUGAACAAUCACUAUCAAGUCCUCUCACAGGCUUGCAUCCAACAAAUAGAUUUGCUGGGCAAACAAUUUGAGACUGACACCGGCUUGGAUGAGGCCCAGGAAGCAGAAGCCAUCCACAUCCUGACUACAAUCUUGAACAUUCGGGAAUCUACAGCUGACAAGGACCCUCAAAAAACUGUCUUUGUCCUGAAAACCCUGGUCAUGCUUUACCACCUGAUGAUGAACCCUUCAAAGGCACAAGAAUAUGCCACGAGAGCCUUCAAUCUAGCCCAAGAACAACAGCUCAGCGUCCAUGAACAAAACGCCAUUCAAGAAUUACUAAGUCUCAUCUCAGGUGAAGAAGCUCAUUCCAUUAUGUAGUGACCUGUGAGUUCUGCUUCGGGGCCCAUUCAAGGGGCUAGUGACUGUCUGAUAUAUUCCAGCCUUGCCCAACUGCUUUGAGGUACUAGGAAUCGCUCAAGUUCCCACCCUCUUCCCCUGUGACUGUACGUGUCGCUGUGUUUUUAUUUUUGUGCAGCACAUGUGAUGGAAUAUAGAACUUUAGGCAUAAAAAUCAGUAAAACCUGUUUGUCGUGACCUUUGCACUUGGCUGAUAACUUUGUAUGACUUUGAGUAAUGUGCUGUCAGCUCACAAAUAUGGCAUUUGUAAUUAAAUUGCAAAUAGUUUAUCAUAUUUGCCAGAAGUUUCCCAGUGCCUGUUUCAUAGAUAGCUCUUUGCCAAAAAAUGGGGGUAGGGAAUAGAGCUAUAGGGGAGCAAAGCUUCCCUAUUCUACUGUAAUUAAAUCAGCAUUAAUUUGAUGUAGAUUGUGAUUAAAAUGUCCAUUAUAAUUCCUAGAGCAAUCACUAAGAAAAUUACUCUAAAAAUAGUUAAAAAUCAACAAAGGAAUUAAAAUGGUAUACUGGAAAAGAUCCAUUUAAUGCAAAAGAAAGCAGUAAUGGAGGAGUAGAGGGACAAAAAGGACAUGAGAUAUAUAGAAAACAAAUAGCCAAAUGCAGACAUAAAUCAUAGACAGGUCUUUGCCAGAGAAGACCCCUGAGAGGGGGUCUUCUUUGCCAGAGAGGACCUCGCAGGAAGCCCCAAUAUGCGAUGGCUGAGCUACCAUUCCAGGUUGGUAUCUUUCUCUUAGACAAUGAUUUGAAGCAGAUGUGAGCCAUCUAGGGGAGAAGCACUCGGAAAGGCCCCCUAUGAUGUAGGGGACAGGGUGCAGGCCUUGGAGUUAGAUAUGCCUGGGUUCAAAUCCAGCUUUCUCACUUAACAGCUUUGUGACCUUGAUCCCUCCAUAACCUCAUUAUUAUUGUUGUAAAUGGCCCAGAUGUGGCAAUGGCUGUAUCAGCUUGUCUCGUAGACGGCUGUGGUCGUUUACCAUAUCCUUUUUUCCCCCCUCCAGACCUGCUAUUCUUCCUGGGUAGAUCUGUCGGAGAGUUUUAUGUUCCUCACUGUAAAUUAAUUCACUGAGACAUGUGUAAUAAAAAUAGGUCAGAUGGGCCACCCUGCCCCAUCAGGUCUAGGUAAAAUCUGCUGGGAACCCCAUUCCAUACCUUUGGGCAUUCUUGUGCUUCUCCAAGAUACCUAUGAAGUGUCAGGGCCUUACUUUUCUAGUAGCUGUCUCUCCAAUUUUUUUGCAUUCUCACUUCCCCUUGCUCAUCCUGUAGUUAUUUUUUCAUCUCUUUAGAGACAUAAUCCCUUCUUCUUGAUUCUCACUCCCUAAUUUCAAAUAUGAAUUAGCUCUUGCAAACAGACGUUUCGUGAAGAUUGAGGAGGGGUUCUGAGGAAGAGAAUCAACAACUCUUAGCAGAUAACUUAAAAGAAACUAUUAGAACUUCUCUAUUCUAAAAAAGCCCUUUCAUUAAAUUCUAGUUCUCUCCUUUGCCACAUUCAUUGUCCCUUUCUCUUUUCCCCCCUCUGUUAUCUAUUCUCUGUUCUUCUACCCCUGAAUUUUAAUCCAUGAAUCCUUCCCCAUUGAGUAUAUUUAUAAAAUUAUUGUUUAAAUUAAAUUGUUUACAUUUAUUAUUCCUAUUGACUGAUUUUCCUCUUGAUUAUGGGCCAUGUUUUUCUGCUUUUCAACAUGUCUUAGGGAUUUAAUUUACAGUCUUUCUGCUUUUCUAACACUUGCAUCUAAGGCUAUAAAUUUUCCUCUAAAUACUCUUUAGUUGAUACCAC